AUGACACUCAAGAUUAGAGAAGAGGUUAAGAAGCAGUUCGACGCUGGAUUUUUAUCUAUUUUUGAGUAUCCACAGUGGGUUGCUAAUAUCGUUCCAGUUUCAAAGAAGGAUGGCAAAAAAGCAAUAAAGGGGAGUGUUAUGUCUGACUACCUUGCUCAUUUACUUGUGGAAGGAUAUCAACAGUUGAGGUUUGACUUUCCAGACGAUAACAUUAUGUUUAUUAGAGACUUCACUAUGCCAGGCUCUGAGAUAAGCCAUGGGGAAGGCCCCGAACCAGGAUCGCGAUGGACGCCCGUGUUCGACAGUGCUUUCAAUGCUCGUGGUCGUGGCAUAGGUGCAGUUAUCACUUCUUCAACUGGUUUCCAACUUCCAUUCACCGCUAGAUUAUGCCUUGACUGCACCAACAAUAUGGCUGAAUAUGAGGCAUGUAUCGACGGUUUGGAGGCGGUCAUCGACUUAAGGAUCAAGAUUCUUGAGGUAUAUGGAGAUUCAGCUCUGGUAAUAAGUCAGGUAAAAGGUGAUUGGGAAACUUGGGAUAGCAAGUUGAUACCUUAUAAAGAGCAUAUCCGAAAACUAAUACCCUACUUUGAUGAAGUUCAAGGUGUGGUGGUUGUACUUGAGGAAAACUAG